CUUUUUCCGGAACGGAGGCGGCGCGCGCUGGCGGUGUCCGGGGGGCUCGAGGCGGCGCUGCACCGCGUCCCGCCCCUCGCACGGCCACGUCUCCGCCGGAGCAGUCGGGCUGGCCUGUCGCGGCCUCCGCAGCGCCGGUAUCAUGAUUUUACUUGGUUUGAUUUCAAGCCACUUUUGAGACUUUAAAUCUUCUCCUGAGAAUGGAAAACCUAGUGCAGUCCUCCCCAGAAGCUCUUGGCUGUUGCUAAUGGCAGAAACCAAGCUUGCUAGCAGUUCACUUGCAGCCCCUAAGUGUCAGCGCAGCCUGUGUCGUCCUGACCAUGGAUGGUGCGUCUGCUGUGCAGGAUGGCCUCUUGGAGGAUGGAUCCAGCACUGGUGCCUCAGCUCAUGCUGAGGCCCUCCCAAAGUCCCCGGGCUUGCUGGCGCCGCCUGACCAACAUGAUGAAGCACAGCGUGCCAUUGUCGAGGUCAGCAGAGCUUCAGAUGAAGGAGAGAGCCUGGAUGUACCUAGCAAGGGGGACGUCUGUCAGAACGGGCCACCGCGACAGUUCCCAGACCCUCUGUCAUCUCCCGGUCCCACCACAAGCCCAUUGGGUCCUGAUGCCUCUCCAGGUGUGGCUGGUUUCCAUGACAACCUAAGGAAGUCUCAGGGGACUAGUGCUGAGGGCAAUGUUAGAAAAGAAGCCUUGCAGUCUCUCAGACUCAGUCUUCCUAUGCAAGAAACGCAACUGUGCUCAACAGAGUCUUCACUGCCCCUCGAGAAGGAGGAGCAGGUCCGACUUCAGGCUCGGAAACGACUGGAAGAACAGCUCAAACAGUACAGGGUGAAGCGCCAGCAGGAAAGAUCCAGUCAACCUGCAACUAAAAUGAGACUUUUUAGCACACUUGAUCCUGAACUUAUGUUGAACCCAGAAACCUUACCAAGGGCCAGUGCUGUGGCUAUGACAAAAGAAUAUUCCUUCCUGCGCACCAGUGUCCCUCGGGGGCCAAAGGUGGGCAGCUUAGGGCUCCUGGCACAUCCUAAGGAGAAAAAAAGUUCAAAAUCAGGCAAAAUUCGGUCUCUGGCUGAUUACAGAACUGAAGACUCAGAUACUGGGAAUUCUGGUGGAAAUGUUCCGGCUGUGGACUCUGCCAGGGGUUCCCUGAAGCAGAACCGAAGCAGCGCUACAUCAGUGGUGUCUGAGAUCAGCCUGUGUCCUGAGGCAGACGACCGCCUGGAGAACACUUCUCUGCCAGGAGACAAUGCAUCUGAGGCUGAUGGGAACGAGAGUGACAGUUCCUCCUACAGCAGCGUCUCCACCCGUGGGACACUCGGCCUUCUGGCGAACACUGUGGGUACACGAGAAGCCUCCUAUGUGGUCAACGGCCAGGAGAUUGCAGCUGGUGCCCUGGGCCAUUUUCCCUCCAUCACAGAUGUCCUCCAGGCUGCAGCAGCUGAACACCAAGACCAGGGGCAGGAGGUCAACGGGGAGAUGCGGAGCCGGACAGACAGCAUCUGUAGCAGCGUGUCCGUGGAAAGCUCUGUUGCUGAAACUCAUGAUGAAAUGUUGCAGGUUCUUAAAGAAAAAAUGAGACUUGAAGGGCAGUUGGAAGCUUUAUCAUUGGAGGCUAGUCAGGCACUUAAAGAAAAGGCAGAGCUGCAGGCGCAGCUGGCUGCCCUGAACACAAAGCUCCAGGCGCAGGUGGAGCACAGCCACAGCAGCCAGCAGAAGCAGGACUCGCUCAGUUCGGAGGUGGACACCUUGAAGCAGUCCUGCUGGGACCUAGAGCGAGCAAUGACCGACUUGCAGAACAUGCUGGAAGCCAAGAAUGCCAGCCUGGCGUCCUCCAAUAGCGAUCUGCAGGUGGCAGAGGAGCAGUACCAAAGACUCAUGGCCAAAGUAGAAGAGAUGCAGAGAAGCAUCCUCAGUAAGGACAACACAGUGCAUGACCUGCGACAACAGAUGACAGCCUUGCAGAGCCAACUACAACAAGUGCAGCUGGAGCGCACAACACUGACCAGCAAGCUGAAGGCAUCCCAGGCAGAAAUUGCGUCUCUGCAGAAUGUCCGGCAGUGGUACCAACAGCAGCUUGCCCUGGCCCAGGAGGCCCGGGUCAGACUGCAGGGCGAGAUGGCCCACAUCCAGGUUGGACAGAUGACCCAGGCGGGCCUCCUGGAGCACCUGAAACUUGAGAAUGUGUCCCUGUCCCACCAGCUGACGGAAACCCAGCACAGGUCCAUCAAGGAGAAGGAGCGCAUUGCUGUCCAGCUCCAGGGCAUUGAGGCUGACAUGUUGGACCAGGAAGCCGCGUUUGUGCAGAUUCAAGAGGCAAAAACGAUGGUGGAGGAGGAUCUGCAGAGGAGGCUGGAAGAGUUCGAAGAUGAGAAGGAGCAGCUGCAGAAGAUGGCGGCCUCGGCAGCUACCCUAGAGCAGCAGUUAGAGCAGGUGAAGUUGAUUUUGCAUCAGCGAGACCAGCAGCUUGAGGCCUUGCAGCAGGAGCACCUGGACCUGCUGAAGCAGUUCACCUCGACACAGGAGACCUUGCACACCAGGGAGCAGUCCCUGGGUGACCUGCAGACGCACUAUGACGAGCUGCAGGCCAGGCUGGAGGAAUUGCAAGGGGAGGCUGCUUCCAGGGACGACACGAUUCGCUUUCUACAAAACGAGAAGAUUGUCUUGGAGGUGGCUUUGCAAACGGCCAAGAGCACCAGGGAGGAAUUUGAUAGAGGAGCAAAACGCUUGGAGGAAGGUACCGAGGAAACGUCGGAAAUUUUAGAGCAAUUGAGACAAGAAUUAGCCGUUAAGACCAGCCAGGUGGAGCAGCUACAGCAAGAGACUACCACUCUGAAAAAACAGACGCAGAAAAUAAAGGAACAGUUUCUUCAACAAAAGGUGAUGGUGGAGGCCUACCGGCGGGAUGCUACCUCCAAAGACCAGCUCAUCAGCGAGCUGAAGGCCACGAAGAAGAGGCUGGACUCGGAGGUGAAGGAGCUGAGGCAAGAGUUAAUUAAACUUCAAGGGGAAAAAAAGUCCGUGGAGAUGGAACAUUCACGCUUGCAGAAGGAAGUGUCCCAGGUCCAUCAGCAGAUGGCGGAUCUCGAAGGGCAUCUCCAGUCCGUGCAGAGGGAGCGGGACGAGAUGGAGACGCACUUACAGUCUUUGCAGUUUGAUAAAGAGCAGAUGAUUGCUCUUACAGAGGCCAAUGAGGUGCUCAAGAAACAAAUAGAAGAGCUGCAGCAAGAAGCCACAAAGGCCAUCACCGAACAGAAACAGAAGAUGAAGCGGCUAGGCUCGGACCUGACCAGUGCUCAGAAGGAGAUGAAGAGCAAACACAAGGCUUACGAGAACGCCGUGGGCAUCCUCAGCCGCCGCCUACAGGAGGCCCUCACGGCCAAGGAGUCCGCAGAGGCAGAGCUGAGCCAGCUGAGAGCCCAGGCAGCCGUCAGUGGCAGUGACCUCACUCUGCACGAGAGAAUCCAGGCCCUGGAGGUGGAGCUGCAGACAGUCGGCCACAGCAAGAUGAUGCUGGAGAAGGAGCUCCAGGAGGUCAUCGCCAUGACCAGCCAAGAGUUGGAGGAGUACCGGGAGAAGGUGCUGGAACUGGAGGACGAGCUUCAAGAAUCCAGAGGCUUUAGGAGGAAGAUAAAGCGCCUUGAGGAGUCGAAUAAGAAGUUGGCUCUUGAAUUAGAGCAUGAAAGAGGGAAGCUUACAGGCCUCGGACAGUCUAACGCAGCUUUGCGGGAACACAACAGCAUCUUAGAAACAGCGCUGGCCAAGAGGGAAGCAGACCUAGUUCAGUUGAAUCUUCAGGUGCAGGCAGUUUUGCAGCGCAAAGAGGAGGAGGACCGCCAGAUGAAGCAGCUUGUCCAAGCCUUACAAGCCGCGUUAGACAAAGAAAAGGUGAAAGUGCACAACCUCAAGGAACAGGUUGCUGCUGCCAAGGCAGAAGCAGGGCAUAACCGCCGCCAUUUUAAGGCCGCCACCUUAGAGCUGAGCGAGGUGAAAAAGGAGCUGCAGGCCAAGGAACACCUGGUGCAGAAGCUGCAGGCAGAGGCCGAUGGUCUGCAGAUUCAGGAGGGGAAACAUUCCCAGGAAAUAGCACAGUUCCAGGUGGAGCUGGCAGAAGCCCGGACCCAGCUUCAGCUCCUGCAGAAGCAGCUGGAUGAGCAGCUGAGCAAGCAGCCUGUAGGAAACCAAGAGAUGGAAAAUCUCAAAUGGGAGGUGGAUCAGAAAGAGAGAGAAAUCCAAUCCUUGAAGCAGCAGCUGGACUUGACUGAACAGCAGAAUAAAAAAGAAGUGGAUGGAAUACAGCAGCUGUUACAGAAUAUAAAAUCUGAGUUGGAGAUGGUGCGGGAAGAUCUGUCCAUGACCCAGAAAGAUAAAUUCAUGCUUCAAGCUAAAGUGUCUGAACUGAAGAACAACAUGAAGACUCUACUCCAGCAAAACCAGCAGCUCAAGCUAGACCUGCGACGUGGUACAGCAAAGACGAGAAAGGAACUGAAAGGCGAGGCCAGCUCUUCCAGCCCAGUGACGCCAGUUAAGAUUCCCGACUGCCCCGUUCCAGCCUCGCUGCUCGAGGAGCUGCUAAGGCCCCCACCUGCCGUGAGCAAGGAGCCCCUCAAGAACCUCAACAGCUGUCUCCAGCAACUGAAGCAGGAGAUGGACAGCCUGCAGCGCCAGAUGGAGGCUCAUACCGUCACUGUGCAUGAGUCGCUGUCCUCGUGGACUCAGGGGGACCCUGCUGCUGGCCCCGCUCUCCCCGAGGAUCACGCCAACCCCAGGGGAGACACAGAGCGACACAGCCAGAGGGGGACCUCCAGAGAAGGGCUUGGAGCAGCGACUGCCGAGCAUCCCCACCCCGAGUGUUUGUAACUACCCAGAGGAAUAUUCUCUUAUCAAUAUUAUUUAUUUGACCAUGUCCUCUAUGUUUUUCUAAGAGGUGAAAUUUAAGUUUUGUGUUUGCCUUUCCAAGGAGUAAAAUAACAGAACAAGAGGCAAAGGUUAGAGAAAUCGUCGUUUCCAGAUCACAACUAGCUUUUCCCACAAAAUGACCAAAUCUUAAAAACUUAGUUCAGAUCUCAGUGAGAAAUUUUUGAAUGUGUCUGAAGGGUUAUUUGCAGAAGGAGAAUCUUACAAGUGACAGUAGACGCUGCUCUCUGAGGGUAACGCCAACCAGCUCAUCCCUGGUGGAAACACGGCCGGGUCUGGUUUCUCACAUUCUUCUUUGGUUCAGUGAGAGCUUUACCUCCCUGCAGAAAGGAAACUUUAUUUGCACCUUUGGUUUCUAUUUUAUUUUAUUUUCAAUAGCCAUCCCACCAUAGGAUGUGUAUAUAAAUACAGAAAAUCAUAAUCUAAUCUUUAAAAAGUAUAUGCUCGCAUUAUUUAAGAAUGACUCGAAUUGUCUUUUGAUUGAUUGCCUUUUGAAAAUCUGCUGUCAGGAAAUAAUGUACAUGUAGGAUUUAGGGAUAUCAGUCAGAAAUUAUAUUUUAAGAAAUAUAAUUAUCUUAUUUACUCUGCCUUCUAAAACCAAAUAUUCUUAGAGAGGGUUUUUUGUUGUUUUUGUUUCACUUUAUUUUUGAGGGCCUUUUCCUUGUCACAAGCGCACGAUGCCCACCCAUCUGACCCCUGGCCCCGCGCAGCCUCACUCACCUUUGCUGACCCCUGGGCAUUCCUGGCAGCCACCAGGAUGCCCACAUGGACGCUGAGGUCACCACACACUGACCUGUGAGGUGUGGGGAGAGGCCACAGGAGAGGAGAGAACGGUGAGGAGGAAGAGGAGAGGGUAGAGCUCUCUGCAGGGCUCCAACCCAGGUGACAAGGCUCCUCCAGGCCUUGCACUCUGUACCCCACAUGAAAAUGUCCACCAGGGCCUGUGUGGUCAUCAAGAGAAAAGCUGGACUCCGUGGUGACUUCAGAUGGCUUAGAAGGUCCUUUAAACCCUUGUCUAGAGAGCAGUGAGGUUUCUAGAAGGGACAAGUCAGCAGUCUGGGGAAAGGUGACUGAGCUGUCCCCUGCUCUCCAUAGUAGAAUGCCUUAUUUGAAAUCAGGCACCCUAAGUAUGUGAGAUUUAAUUGCAUACGUUUUUCCACCUGAAAUACUUAAACACUGCAGAAACUGACUGUGAGACUUGAGGUUUCUAAGUUUGUCCUCCUAUUUUGCUAAGAAAAUCUAAAAUAGUAUUUAUUAUUAUAAGUUAGAGAAGAGAGAGAAUGGGUCCACAUGGCCUCCUGUGCAGAUCUGCUGGUCUGAAGAUGAAGUUUUGAAGUGUGACUGAUCAGGCCAGAUAUGCUCAUGUUGAUAUAUUACUUGUGUCUCUUUUGUGGAGAAAACAGUAUGGUAUUUUUAAGCUGUUUGUGUUUUCUUAUAAUAUGCUGUUAGCGGGUUAAUUGGUAAGGUUAAAGUAGCAUUAACCUCAAAGAUGUUUAGUGUUUAAAAAAAAUUCCCUAGCAAGUUUUGGAACUUCUAAAAUACAUGUAUCAUUUGUACAGGGUUAAUAUUAGUACUUGAAAACUUCAUUAUAAUUACAUCCUACUUUUCAUCUUACCUUGGAAAUCGGUUUUGACAAAAUUGUUUUUGUACCAUUAGAAAAGAAAAAUGGUAAUUUACGUUCUUAUUUACUUUGGCUGCAUUAUCCUGGUUUAAUUUUAAAACCAAGAAAUAACACUUAGUCUCAUCCUGUAGCUGCUUUCUCUCUCCUUGCUUCCAGAAGGUCUUCCAGUGAAUGCCGUUCACUGUGUAUAAUUGUUCUUAGGAAGGGAUAAGCUAAUUUUGAAUGUUUCCAUCACGUGAAAGCCAAUCUCUGUUCCUCACCCCUUUUUCCGUACUUUAGUUACCCUCCGUGUGCAUGUGUGUGUGUGUGCAUGUGUGUGCACGCUUUCAGCAGCCACACCUCCUCUGGCUUUCUGUCGUCAUCCUGUACCCACUUUGUCAGUCCCCAUCUUUCAGUUCCACAAGUGCCCAGCCUGUCUGUGGUCUGAGCUCUCUGGCUGUCCCCUGGCCCACUGUGCUCCUGGGGCUUUCACGUAUGGCCCGCUGUUGCCCAUCUGGGGCCUUGUGUUCAAGCUGACAUCGCCUUUGGGCUUCCUUAACAAGUCACCCGAAAGAGGAAGCUGGAUUUCUAAAUUGCCUGCUUUUGAUUUGUUGAGGGUUUUUUUUUUUUCCUAUCUCCAAGGGAUUUUACUGGCACUUCUACCUCUCAGAGCUAGAUUCUUCAGUGAAUAAUGUUUGAAAUAUUCUUCUAUUGGCAGAAGUGAGAAUUAGGAAUUUACUCAUGGAAAACAGUCAAGUGUGGAGUAUUUAUAAAAACAGGCUGGCCACUGCAUUUCAUUGGUGUAUAUUAUCCCUCUUGUACGAUGAACACUGUGCAUCAUGUCUUCACUGCAGAGAAUGUUGGCUCGGACGCUUUGUGGUAUCGUUACUUGUUUUUCUCAUGUUCCAAAAAAACCUUACUGCAGUGUGGUUAUCAUUGAUUUUUCCACGGUACACGUCAGAUAGAUGCCACGGAUCUUAAAGAUUUAUACACCUUUGUUCUACUAUUUGGAAGGUCUAACAGGGAGUGUUUUUGAUAGGAUAUGAAAUGGCUCUUACUGGCCUGGGGUCCAGGUAACGGGACUGGGCCUGCCAGGAAGACAGCCUGCGGUACUCUGUAUUAGGAAGAUUCUCAUUCACCUCUUUCUCAGUUUAAAGACUUUUUGGUAUAGGGAUAUCACAAAAGCCAUCAGCCUGCAAAGUCACCAUGACAUAUAUUCCUACUUCCGUGAGUAUUUUUUUAAACAAAAAUUCAGUGUCGUGUGUAAAGAUUUCUAGUAGUGAAAGGGACCAGUGUAUCUGAAAGAGAAAUGUCCUUGAGCCUUCCUCAAGGAUCCCUUUGACAUGAAUAAUGCUGCAAUGUGUGAGACAUUCUGAGCCUUAUUCAAGCAAGUUGAUUGAAUCCACAUUUCAGGCAAAUCUCAUUGUAUGGUGGUCUCAGGUUAUAAGAGGAUCCUUGAGGGUAAUGUUUUAGAGGGUCUAGAAAACUCGGUGGUUUUAAGUUAUUCAUUUCUAUUAAAAAUUUCCUCAUAAAAGGGAGUCCUCAGGUUGGGGCUGUUCAAGGGAAAGGUGUCGCCAUGCAAAACAAAUUGUAACUUUAAAAAGCAUGUUGAUUUUUUAUAAAUUUAAGCGUGCUUGGGAAUUCCUUAAAUUUUGUGCAAUAAACUAUUUUUUGUUAAAGA